GAAGUGUCUGACAUGUGUUCUGACUUGGUGUGGGCCUGGAGUCUGUGUGGAGAAUCCCUCAAAUUCAGUUGGGGCAGGACUUAGGCAGGAGACUGGGGCAGCUUUGGGGGCGUCCAGUGGGAGGGCUCCUCUGGGCUGUGCAGGCUCUUUCCCAUGCUGUCGGGGAUCUGCGGAUUCCAAGCUCUCUCGGCUGUCUGGGUUGCAUCGAGGUCCCAUCUGGCCCUGUCUCGGUUCGAUCUGAGCUGUCUGGGAUCUGUCUGAGCCUAGCCUAGUUUGGUCUGAGCCUGUCUGGUUUCUGCGAGGGCCUGUCUGCAUUCUACUCGGACCCUGUUAGCUCUUCUCUUUAGAUUCCCUUUGGAUCCUGUCUUGAUUUCAUUCAGGCUCCAAAUGAACUUCUGUCCGAACUCUGGCUAGAGUCUUUCUAGAAAUCAGGAUGAACUCUGUUGAAAUUUCCACUGGGGCUGAUUAGAGCUCCAGACACAAUUAAGCUUGAUGUGCUCAGAUUUUACCCUCAGACCUCUGUCCCAAGCAGAGAAGAGCUGGAGUCAGGAGUGGAGAGCCCUGGGGAGCCCUCCCUGUGCCCUUUGCCCAGCUCUAAAUGAAUGUGCAAACCCAAGGUUCAGAGAGGCUGGGAGAAAAAACCUCCAGGGCCCUCCUCAAUGUCUCCAGGGGCACGGCCCGCCCGAAGGUCUGUGUGUUCACGUGCAACUUUGCUUGGGUCUGUGUGCGGGUGAGCUUCAACAUGACAGCGUGUCUCCACGUACCCAUAAGGCCACAUCCACCUGCCUUUUGCUAAUUCCCUCCAAGGUGUCCUUUGAGUUAUCAGCUACCCUGGUCUCCAGAACCUUAUUCCACAAGGCGAAAGACAGUGAUGAUGAGGAGGAGGUCGUCCACGUGGAUCGGGACCACUUUAUGGAUGAGUUCUUUGAACAGGUGGAAGAGAUCCGAGGCUGCAUUGAGAAACUGUCAGAAGAUGUAGAGCAGGUGAAAAAACAGCACAGUGCCAUCCUGGCCGCCCCCAACCCAGAUGAGAAGACUAAACAGGAACUGGAGGACCUCACUGCAGACAUCAAGAAGACGGCCAACAAGGUUCGGUCCAAGUUGAAAGCGAUCGAGCAAAGCAUCGAACAAGAGGAGGGACUGAACCGUUCCUCCGCGGACCUGCGCAUCCGCAAGACCCAGCACUCGACGCUCUCCCGGAAGUUUGUGGAGGUAAUGACCGAAUAUAACGCGACCCAGUCCAAGUAUCGGGACCGCUGCAAGGACCGGAUCCAGCGACAGCUGGAGAUCACCGGCAGGACCACGACCAAUGAAGAACUGGAAGACAUGCUGGAGAGCGGGAAACUGGCCAUCUUCACGGAUGAUAUCAAAAUGGACUCGCAGAUGACAAAGCAGGCACUGAACGAGAUUGAGACGAGGCACAAUGAGAUCAUCAAACUGGAAACCAGCAUCCGCGAGCUGCACGACAUGUUCGUGGACAUGGCCAUGCUUGUGGAAAGCCAGGGGGAGAUGAUUGACCGCAUCGAGUACAACGUGGAACAUUCUGUGGACUAUGUGGAGCGAGCUGUGUCCGACACCAAGAAAGCUGUGAAAUAUCAGAGCAAGGCGCGGAGGGACAGGAAGUCUGCCCGGAGUCUGACUGCAGCCCUUCUGCUCCCAUCCCAGGCUUCUAUGGAGAUGUCAGAGCUGAUCCCAGCAUCCAGCCCCCUUCUUCCUUCCUGCUUCCCAGCCAGGACCCCCUUUCAGCCCAGGUGUUUCCAGAAGCCCCACAGCUUUGAAGUUCACCAGAAGGGUGGAGCUGAGGCUGGAGUGCUGCUCCUGCCUCUUUGAAUAGCAUUAGGCUCACAGCUGCCCAUCUCUGGGCCUCAGGUGGACCAGGGGAUCCCUGAGGUUCUGCUGUGCCCUAGCUUUCUAAAAGUCCCACACAUUAUAUGAUAGGUUUGCUUGUUGGCUGCUGUCUAUGUGUGUCCGAGUGUUGUCUAGGGGUUGGAAUUUUUUGCAUGUUCUCAGACAAGUGUGUGCUGCCCACACUCCAUGCAUCUACAGCCAUCAAGCCAUGUGCCCCGUGGGUGGUCCCAGGCCUGGCCAGGGCUCAGUGCUUUCCCUCCCUUAUUCCCCAUCCUGGCCUCUCAUGAAGCACACUGCGUGUUCAUCCCAUGUGCCCGUGGGUCGUCGCACGCUCAUGCCACGCCUUGAGCGUGUACACAUGAUGUGUUCUAUGCAUUUACCCUGCCCCCCCCAGCCCGCCCCGCAGAGGACAAGAUGGGUGGCCCCCGGCUCCCUUCUCUCCCACCUGCCCCCUGCCCGCUGUGCAGCUGUGUGCGUUGGCGUGUUUCUGUGUCGCUGGCGUGUCACGUGAUGUAGCUGUGUUUGCUGACAUGAGCCCCUGCCCCCUUCUCUGUUUCUCCGUUGGUUUCUAGAGCUCUCUCCCUUCCCUCUCUAGAGGGGACAGGACUCUUGGGGCCUGGCUGGGGGCCCAGAGCCAGGCUACCCUCUCCUGUUAGCCCUCAGUCUCAUUUCUCUCUAUUGGUGACCAAGUUGCAAAUGGAUAAAAUACAGGAAAUUCUACCCCCCAGCCCUGCAUGUCCUGUCCCCAGAGCCCCCCAACCCCCCUCCCGGGCCGGGCCGGGCCCCGUGGGAUGGGAGAAAUAGCAACCAAUCCAACAGCGGGC